AUGAAAUCUAGGAAACACCGGUUUGACUUCCGUGGUCACAUCGAGAGGUGCUCGCCGUGGGUUUCCUCCAGCAAAGAGAAGAAGCGGAGCCGAGUCUGUAGAGGUGCCAACAUUAUCCCGGUGAUUUUGCUGGUAUUGGGCUUCUCCACUCCGGGUCAAGCAGAAAUUACCAGUCUGGAUUCAGCCAAUAUUGAUGAUGUUUUAAAUAAUGCUGGGGUGGCAUUAGUGAAUUUUUAUGCAGACUGGUGUCGCUUCAGUCAAAUGCUUCAUCCAAUAUUUGAGGAGGCGUCCAACAUUGUGCGGGAGGAGUUUCCUGACACAAAGCAAGUGGUGUUUGCGCGCGUGGACUGUGACCAGCACUCCGACAUAGCCCAGCGGUACCGCAUCACCAAGUACCCCACACUGAAGCUGUUCCGAAACGGGAUGAUGAUGAAGCGCGAGUACAGGGGCCAGAGGUCGGUCACGGCCAUCGCAGACUUCAUCCGCACCCAGCAGGUGGACCCGGUGAAGGAGGCCCAGACCGCCGAAGAGCUCGCCGCGGUGGACAGGAGCAAGAGAAACAUAAUUGCAUAUUUCGAAAGCAAGGAUUCGGACAAUUAUCGCACGUACGAAAAAGUGGCCAACAUCCUACGAGACGACUGCACGUUCUUGGCGGCGUUUGGUGGGGUGUCGGCACACGAGCGCUUCAGUGGGGACAACCUCAUCUACAGACCCCCAGGAGAGAACGCCCCCGACAUGGUGUAUCUGGGCUCUCUCACAAACUUCGACCUGACCUACGCCUGGACCCAGGACAAGUGUGUGCCGCUGGUGCGAGAGAUCACCUUCGAAAACGGAGAGGAGCUCACUGAAGAAGGCCUCCCGUUCCUCAUCCUCUUCCAUGUCAAAGAAGAUGUAAAAAGCUUAGAAACGUUUCAGCAUGAAGUAGCACGACAGCUCAUCAGUGAAAAGGGCUCCAUAAACUUCCUUCACGCAGACUGUGAUAAGUUCCGCCAUCCUCUGCUCCACAUUCAGAAAACACCGGCCGACUGUCCGGUCGUGGCCAUCGACUCCUUUAGGCAUAUGUACGUCUUCCCCGAGUUUAAAGACGUCUCCGUUCCUGGAAAACUGAGGCAGUUUGUGUUGGACCUCCACUCUGGGAAACUGCACCGAGAAUUUCACCACGGACCUGACCCAACGGAGAGCACGCCCGGACAGGAGGUCGAAGAAGUGGCAAGCAACCCUCCAGAGAGCUCCUUCCAAAAACUGGCCCCAAGCGAGACGCGUUACACCAUCCUCAGCCGGGACCGCGACGAGCUGUGA